AUGUCCAGACCCGGCAGCCGUUACUCCAUUCCCUAUAAGAAGGACCUGCCGUUUGACAUUGUAGAGCUCAUGGAAGAGACCGAAAAAAAGACAGGAUUUUUACCAAAUAUAUUUAAAGUGUUGUCUCACCGGCCAUUGGAAUUCAGAGCCUUCUUUGCUUAUUACAAUGCAAUCAUCAACAAAGAAACAGGCCACCUCAGUAGAACGGACAAGGAACUCAUCAUUAUGGUGACCAGUCUGGCUGACAGGUGCUUAUAUAAUAUGGUUGUCCACAGUGCCUGGUACAGGAUCUUUUCAAAGAACCCAGUGCUCUCUGAUCAGGUUUGUAUGAACUGGAGAAAGUCUGACCUCUCUGCUCGGGAAAAGGCAAUGCUGGAGUUUGCACUUGCUAUUUCCCAAGCUGAUGACAUAACAGAUGACCAUUUCAAAAAGCUCAAGGUACAUGGCUUCAACCAAGAAGAUGCCUGGGAUAUAGCUGCCAUUGUAGCUUUUUAUGCCAUGUGCAACCGCCUUGCUCUUUUUGUCAGUCUUGUCCCCAACAAGGAAUUCUAUUUGAUGGGCAGAACUAGUGAUGUCAGGAGAGAACCUGCUGCCCCCAAAAUAUAA